AUGUAUGUGAAAUGGUUUGAUACAGUAAUGUUAUACUAUGUGAUUUUAGUGAUUUUAGUGAAUGUCACUUUUUAUCAUUUUUUAAUUUCCCGCCGUUCCAUUCCGUCCCCCGUACGUCCAACGCUCACUGGGGAAGGAACCCAGAAGACAGAUGCCAGCAUCCACCGAAUUACAUUGCCGGGGACACUGCAGGAGGGACAUCGUGGGAGCGCAGGACAAGGUAAGUGAUCAAGGGAUCGUGGAGCAGCCCUGCAUAGUAUUCCCGAGUGUAGCUCGGAGUUACUGCUUGUGCUACACUCGGGAAUACAGCCAGGGAGGUUA